GUAUAAGCCUGAGGCAGUCGUCUCCGAGAGAGUAGUACUGAUCACUGGUUAAUACCUUAUCUUACCUGUGGCUUUCUAACUUGUGGGGUUAAGCCACUUCUACACACAUCCACCGAUUCCCAUGUUUGACCACUCUAGCUAGCUAGUGAUACCUUUACGAAGUGUUAACACAUGCAUGCAUUGUGCUUUGGAUCUUGUACUGUUAAACUGGAUGAAAGAUUUUGGAAUGUGAUUUUGGUGGUGUAUUUCAAGAAUUACAUUAAAUAUUUAAGGAAACAUUGUGUAGCUAAUCCAUUAACAGUGAGGAGAAACCUGGUGUUGACCUAGCCAUUAACAGGUGUUUACUUGUGUUAAUUGGCUGAUCACAGUGUGAGGAGACAUGUAGAUGAUCACUAUAGUAGAUAUUGUCAUUACCCACAGCCAUUAGCACCAUCAAGUUGAAGACAUGCAGGUGAAAAUUACACCUGUGUCAUCGGGUAGCUUGGAACAGAACUCGGGGAUAGUGGGCUUCACCACCCUCUCACCAGGUAUGGCAGAGAGCCGAUCACAGGACAGCAACUUCCUACCCAAUGAGACAUUCCAUACUCCUAGUUUUGGUGAUGAAGAUUUUGAUAUCAACACAUUAACACUUCCCCCUCAAGUUUCUGAUUCUAUUUCUCAUUCUGAAAACCACCAGCCCGGAUACACAUCACAGACUGUUCUAUCUCACCCUCCGAUCGGAAACAUGGAUCUGUCGGAGAUGUCACGGAAUGCUAUGGGAGACCAAAUUGUGCCUAAGUUUCCUCCGCAGAACUUUGAUGUGCCAGACAUCUCUAUAACCAACAGUCUGCAGUCCACCUCCACCUCCAACGGCACGUACAGUUCCGUCAGUCUGAACACUAACCUAGUAACAAGUGAACCUCUACGCACCAUCAGCCAUGCUGAUGUGCAGAAACAGCUGGGGUUCCACAGUGUUUCCAAUAAAGGGUCCCAGCCCACGGGCGGCCUCAACUCUGUGUCGCCCAACCGGGAGAGUAGCAGCAGCGACAGUGACGACAGCCUCCCCCUGGCUCAGUUGGCCAUGAUGAAGCGCCAAGCUGCUGCUGCUGCUGCGGCCGCAGCCGCGGCUGCCUCUGCUGCUGCUGCCGUUCCAGCGGACCCACCAGCGCCAAAGAAACAGAAAACCCCUAAAAAGAAAAAGAAGAAGGAUCCAAAUGAGCCUCAAAAACCUGUGUCAGCCUAUGCCCUGUUUUUCCGUGACACUCAGGCAGCCAUAAAGGGCCAGAACCCCAACGCAAGCUUCGGAGAGGUGUCCAAGAUCGUAGCCUCCAUGUGGGAUGGCCUUGACCCUGAUCACAAGAGUAACUACAAGAAGAAAACUGAAAAUGCGAAGAAAGAGUAUCUGAAGCAGCUUGCAGCCUACAGAGCAAGUCUUGUGUGUCAGGCUGCCCUGGAAGAAGGGAGUAAGUUGUCAGUAAAACCAAUAACAACACGAAGUGGUCGCCAACAGUUACGCUCUAACCUUCAGAGUGGUACCGAGGAAGGAACUGGCCUGAAUGUGGUUGCCAUGCCCACACGUGGAGCUCGCUCACACCUACAACACCCGCAGUCCAUAGCCACAUCGCCACAGAACAGCAUGUCGCCCCCGCAGGACAUGAUGUGUCAAAUGACCACCAGCCCACCGUACCAGACCGGAUACGUCAGCCCGCCCCAAUAUCGCAACAUGCAGGACAUUGCUCCGGGGCCCCCCAGCAUGGACCUGAUGGAUGGAUGUAACCAGGCCAUGCCCUACACGUCCAAGUGGUGCAUCAGGAAUGGUUGUACUAACACCACACUGGACAACCCUGGCUGGGACAAUGAGUACUGCAGCAACGAGUGUGUGGUCAGUCAUUGCAGGGAUGUGUUCACUGCCUGGGCCGCUUCUAGACAAGGAUCCAAUUGCUUUCCAAUUAAAUAAAAAUUGUGUGGAACACAGCACAAACGUUUCCCUAAUUCGAGGAGCUUUAAGCUGCUAUUAAAUUAUUUUUGUGAUGAUUGUACAAAAUCUCUGAAGAAUUAAGAGUGACAGUGGUUGUGUACUGGUGGUCAGAGGGACACUUAACUGAAGAAAGGAUAUGCUUUAUAAUAGAUAAGCAAGGACUAACAGUGAUUUACCAAGGAAGACAAUAUGUAUUGGACCUUGGUAAAGGUGUUUUGUUGAAAUCGCUGUGAAGCAUAUGAGUUGAACAAGGCACAGUCUACAUAGAUGGAGCUUUGGAAAGUUUUUAAUGCACAGGAUGAACUUUGAUGUCAACAUAAAAACCGAUUUAUAUAUAUAUAUAUAUAUAUGUAUGUCAUUCGGAAUGGACUAAACACCAUGGCAACAUUACAGUAUUUUAAUGUGCUGGAAAAGACAACAAUGACAUAACAUUUCUUUUUAAACACUGAAAUAGAAAUUUAAUUUUGAUACAAUGUGUGACACACGUGUGUGGACUCAAUAAGAAUUGUUGUCAAACAUGUGAUGGAACACCACUGAUGGCGUUGAGGCCGAUGGAAAACUUAACGUGCAUAAUAUGUGAUGGACAUAUGAAUAUGCCAUUUAGAUUUUAUUUGAAGAUGAUUGGUGUUAUUGGGGCAGAAGUAUUCCCCGGAGCAGUGUGGAGCCGUCACUCGCAGUGGUGGGGCACAAUAUCUCCGUGUUACUUCAUUGAUUUUGUGGGAGGACCUUUAGGGUCAGGUAUGAAUCAUGACGGUCCAUGCAAAUUUAUGGAUUUUUUUCCCCUUCAUUUCAAUUUUGUUCGCGCCAUUCAAUUAACCUUUUGUUUGUCAUAGUUGUCUAUCAUGACUUCAUUCCCAAUAUCUUGUCAAGGAUUCCACACUGCCUCAAAAGUGUCAAGUUUCCAAUUACUAUAUUAUAUUGAUGGAUUUAAGGUUUUGACUUUUUGUUCAUUUUCCCGAUCAUUUAGAUGAUGUAUCAAACUUCUUGUGUUAUAAAAACCCACGAUACAUUUAGGUAGUUGUCUUUAUCAUAAUCCGAAUCAGUUUGGUCUUAUUGAUACACUGAUAUAAGGGGGAAUAACUCUUACAAUAUUUAUGAUGUUGUUACUUUCUGAUUUGUACUUUUGGCAUUUACCUUGGUUGACACUUUGUUACAUUUAUCUGCUCAAUGUGAAACUGUCAUAUACAUUACAAUGUUCUAUAUAUGUGUGUGGACUUUUGUGUUCAUUAAUGUACAUUAAAAAAUCACAUUCCUGUUUUUUUUCCUAUUUGAGAGGAUUUGUGAUAUGUAAGAACAACCAUUGAAUGUUAUGAACAUAUGUCAAGCUCUUUGUUUAGAAGAAUUUCUUUCAGAUCAUAAAUUUAGGAUAUUUUCUAAUUUUAUAUUUUCUGUAGAUUUUGAUAUGGAGACUUGGAAAAAGUUCAGAAAAAAUGUAUUGCAAUUUCCGUCUCAAAUAAUAUCUUUAUUUUUAAGAAAUAUGAUAAUAAAUGUAUUAAAAUAACGAUAAUGAUACAACUAUUGAGCUCACCUGUAUAAAUAAUUAAUAAAUGUAUUAAAAUAAUGAUAAUGAUACAACUAUUGAGCUCACCAGUAUUAAUAAUUAAUAAAUGUAUUAAAAUAACGAUAAUGAUACAACUAUUGAGCUCACCUGUAUAAAUAAAUGUAGGUAGACUACAGGCCCAGUUUAAUCUGUCAAAAUUGUUUAUUUUCCACAAUUACAUAUUAAAAAUAUUUUUACUCCCACCAACGAUCAGUUUUCUGAGACACGUUAUUAGAUUCAGUGAGAAGAGGUACAAAUAUACCUAUGUUAGAGGAGUAUAAUCCUGGACAUUGAAUUGAAAUGUAGGCCAAUCAUGUUUAACGAUCUAGUCUUCAGUCAUCUACUUAUCAUUCAAUUGCCAGGCAACUACUGUCUCACAAUAAUUAACACAUUUUACAAUAAGAGAUUUAUAAAAGAACGGUGUAGUGUUGAUUAUUCUUUUAUUGAAAGACAGUGUAGUUAUAACUUAUAAACACACUCACUAUACUUGGGCUUAUAUUGAGCAUAGUGAGAAUUAUCACCUGGAAAUAAUUUUGUUUUUCUUCAUUAUAGUUAUUGUUUCUGCAUCUGGCAAUGUUUCAGUAACUGUUAUUGUUGUAAGCUGUCUGGUAGUCAUGGAGACAGACUGACAACGCCCAGGCUGCUACAGCUUUUUUUUGUGUCCCUUGUGUUAAUACAUUGUGCCUUUGUUACAAUGUUCUGUACCCAGUGGAGACAAUAAUAAGGUUUGAUAUUUUGUUGAUAAUUCACGCAACUUCAAUCUAUCGAAAUAAAAAAAUAAAAAAAUGCUAUAUAAGACA